GGCUGCGGUAGCGCCCACCUUACACCGCCAGCGCGCCUUGCUCAGGUCCUAACGGCAGCGAUAAUAGUCGAGGCAGCGGCCGCACGGGCAGCCAGUGUAGCGACCGGCCGCCCACUGGAAGGGUCUCCACAUCUCUGCUGGCCAUGCGGGAUACGGCUGACGGCUGCUCCCAGCGGACUGCAAAGAUGCAGCCGGUGGUGGUGGGCGUCGUGAAGUGGGCGUCCCGUUACGUGACAGUGGAGCCGCUCAUGUUCCUGUUCUACGUGGCCACCACCAUCUCCACCGUGGUCACUCAGAACCUCAUGAUCUACAAGGCGUGCUGGCCAGACGCACAGCCAGAGGAGAUGGGCCAGCAGUGCCCAGACGAGCAGGCGGCGCAGGCCCACGUCUCCGGCAUCGCCACCUGGAAGCCGUUCCUGCAGUUCCUGCUGCCCGCCGUCGCUGUCGCUUUCGCAGGACCCUGGAGCGAUAGACGCGGCCGACGGCGGCCGCUGCUGCUCAUCCCGAUGGUGGGGCAGGUGCUGGCGGACGUGACGCUUGGCGCCAGCGUGCUGCUCUGGCGCCAGUGGACGCCCACGCUCGUCGCCAUCGCCGAGACGCUGCCCACAGCGGUCGCCGGCGGCAGGGGCGUGCUGGCGGUGGGCGUGACGAGCUACCUGGCGGACGUGACGUCGACGGAGGAGCGCACGGCGCGCAUGGGCGUGCUGAUGGCGUGCGUGUUCGUGGGCACGCCAGUGGGCUCGUCGCUGGCGGGCGUCAGCAACCGCGCGCUCGGCUUCCUGGGCAGCUUCGCGCUGUGCGCCGCCGUCAACCUGCUGGCGCUGGUGUACGCCGCCGUGCGGCUGCGCGAGCCGCGCGCCCUUCAGCCCGCCGCGACGGACGGGCUGCGCGGCGUGCUGCGCCUGCUCGCCAGGCCGCGCCUGCUCGUGCUCGUCGCCUCCACCUUCUUCAUCAUGGGGCCCAUGACUGGAGAGUACUCCGUGCUGUACCUGUUCGCAAGAUACAAGUUUGGUUGGAGUGAAGUGGACUACAGCCUGUACGCCGCCUUCAAGAUGAUCCUUAUCUGUGGAGGCUCUGUUCUGACGGUACUGCUGCUGUGCCGGGUGCUGAAACUGGAGGACUCGCUGAUCGGCCUCGUGUCCUGCCUCACACAGUUCGUCGCCAGCCUGCUCUACCUGGUGGUCAGCCGCAGCUGGGAGAUGUACCUGGUGCCCAUUGCAGAACUGUUACAUGGAGCAUCAAUGGCAGUGCAGAAAUCCAUUGGGUCAAAAAUAGUAGCACCUACAGAUAUGGGGAAGCUCAGUGCUCUAUAUAGUCUGUCAGAAGCUGUUGUGCCCCUUGCAAUUAUACCGCUAUACAAUUUAGUGUACCAACACACCUUCAGCAGCUUUCCCUCAGCAUUCUUCCUGACAAGUGCUGUUCUGACAGCUCCUGCUCUUCUGAUGUUCAUCUGGAUGUAUGUGGAAUACAGAAAAAAUUACGCAAAAGAGACCCAAAAGGACAAUACUGGAGAGCAACCUAUCGCUGCAGUAAACCAGAGCUUUGAACCGAAUGAAUCUGCAUCUCCAGUGAAUGGUGCUGAUCCUGGAAGCUGUGAGUGUAAACCCAGAGACAUCGAUGUUGAAAGAGGCUGCAGUAAUGACAGUGAAGUGCCACUAGAUACUACCCACCGUCAAGGUGAAAUUAAGGAAGAAGAUUCUCAACAGACUAAGAGACAAGAUACAACAAACUGUCAUAAACAACCUACUCAUAGUAAUCAAAUGAACUGAUGUUGGAUCAUGGAUAACUGUUUUUGAAAUGGGGUAAUCCAGAAAGUAAUGGCUGUUUGGCUUUAUAAUUGGAGAAACAUAUUUUACUAUCAAAAACCUUGUCAUUUACAAAAUUGAAUCUUAUUUCAGUUCUCUACAAAAUAAGCUCCACUAUUUAAAUAUUUUUCACAUCUAUCUCAGAGCUUUAGAUUUCUUGUGUUGUAGUCAGUUGCCACCAUUCCUUUAAGCUAGUUGUUGACUGCAUUUGUCACCUCAGCAAUACUUGCUAAACAUUUUGUGCUGACAACCUUGUUGGUGAGCACCUCCAACCUACAUUUCCCACCCAAGAACUCUUUGGAUGAUUUUUAUUCUUCACUGAGUUCACAAAAUUGUCUGGGAUGGCUGACAGGCACAUAAAUCAAUCAGAAUGUGUCAUGCACAUUGGUUCAUUCAUUGUCAUAAUUUCACACUGCUUUCUCACACUUGGUUCAUUCAUUACUACCAUCAUACAGUUCCUUCAGUUGCCCAUGAAAUUAUAUAUAUUUGAAUUUCUGAGUAUUCAUAAACUGUGUAACACACUUGACUUCACAGUCAGCAGGACUUUGUGUCACUCAGUUUACUUUUAAACAGACACAGAAUGCACAAUAACUUAUUUUGAUUGACACUCUUUUAACAUAAAGACAGGAUGAUAAGGAAAACAUUCAACCUUGGAUAGAAGCCCGAUAUCACUCUCUGCAGUGGGAAUGUAGCAUAGGUCGUUACUUCCUGGAUUACCUUCCUACAUUAUACAUUUCCUGAGAUAUGUACAAACACCAGCUCUUGAUUGACAAUACCCAGGACAGCCAGAUUUUGUGCUCAGAGUAGUAUAGAUGGCAAUUUGAUAAACAUUAUAAGUUGACAGCUUGCCAAUGUAAGUAUUCAAUGCUGUUGGGUUGAGUCAGUCUAGAGCUUGUUUGCAUUUACAUGCAUUUUUCCAUCCACGUUAGUACAAAGUUUCAGAUUUAAUAUUCAAAGACUGAUUUUUUAAUAUAUAUAUUUUUCAUAAUGCUCUGUUAUAAUAAAACCAUGUAAUGUAAAGCUACGUAAUUUUGCUUUUCUAUUGUAUCUUUCUUGACAAUGAAACAUGGAUUUGAAUGGAAAAAGUGACUAGUCUUCUGCCAUAGAGAUCAAAAAUUCUCUUAAGAACUCAUACUUCUAAGUUCUCAUUGUUUACUUUUUGAUUUCUGUAUCUUACUUUGGAUGAAUGCAAGUUUUGUUUUGCUUCAGGCAUAAUUCCACAAUAAGUUGAUAAGACAUUUACUUGAAAUAUCAUUAUUUUACACUAUGGGAAACAUUUCAUUUACCUUUAAGUGAUUUGUUUCACAGCAUAAAAGAAGACAGGAUAACAAAUUUAUAAGUGCAGCCGUUAAUGGCCAGAGUCCAUUUCAAUAAAAUGACCCAACAUGAUGUGAUACUGUUUUGGCUAGUGCUACAUGCAGGCUUCAUCAUGGAGUUAUCCUGAUGAAGGCUGUUUGCAGUAGUAGCUGACAUACUGGCAGCCUUAUCACAUCCUCACCAUCCUGUCACAUACCCAGACGCAAGAGCAUACCCAACAUUUGAAG